ACCAUCCUGGAGCCAGGGAGUCAAGGCCAAGGCGUGCUUUUGCCCUCGCAAGAGAGAGAUUACUGACCUUCUAGAGAGAGAAACUUUCACUCUGAAAAUCACGCGGCGGAUUUCUUGCGACCGGUGACCUCCGACUCUUCAACUUGUUGAUUCUUGUCUUCUCCAACACCACUCCAACAAGUAAACCCAACGGAAGUUUUAAGGUUUCGCCAUUUCUCGCUGGACCCUUCUCUUUCGUACGGCCACACAGAUCCCUGUUUUCGAUACUCCCUUAUCUGCAGACAGAUUUCGUGUUUUCAGUUCUUGAAUUUGUCUUUUCUUCUCUUCUUUACGGCCUCAAAAUGAAACUUAGUAUGGUGGAAAUAGAGUGGCCCGGGAGUCUUGAUGAAUACUCUAAGCUUAUCAAUCGGAUGAACACUCCCAGGGUUGUGAUAGAUAAUGCCGUUUGCGAAACUGCUACUUUGGUCAAGGUUGACAGUGCUAGAAGACAUGGGAUCCUCUUGGAAGCUGUACAAGUGUUGACGGACUUGAACCUUUCAAUUCAGAAAGCUUACAUUUCCUCAGACGGAAUAUGGUUCAUGGAUGUUUUUCAUGUGACUGAUCUUGAGGGAAAUAAAUUAACCGACGAGGGCGUUAUUAGCUACCUCGAACAGUCACUUGCAACGAUUCAUUGUGGCAAACCUGCCACCUCAAAUGAUUUGACGGCCUUGGAGCUAACCGGGACAGACCGUGUCGGUCUUCUUUCGGAGGUAUUUGCAGUUUUGGCUGAGCUUCAGUGCGAUGUUGUUGAGGCCAAAGUGUGGACUCACAAUGGCCGAAUAGCUUCUUUAAUAUACGUCAAGGACUGUAAUUCUGGUUCCCCCAUCAAAGAGUCCGAGAGAAUAGACACCAUUGUUGGACGGUUGAGGAAUGUUCUGAAAGGCGACGAUGAUAUUCUUUAUGCCAAAACUUCAGUCUCCAUGACGGUUACACAUACCGAAAGAAGGUUACACCAAAUGAUGUUUGCUGAUCGGGAUUAUGAAAGGAAGCCUGUCCAGCAGCAUACUGAGGAUUCACCUGUUGUGACUGUUCAGAAUUUGGUGGAAAGGGGUUACUCAGUUGUGAAUAUCCAAUGUAAAGACCGAAUGAAGCUGUUAUUUGAUGUUAUUUGCACGAUGACGGACAUGGAUUACGUAGUUUUCCAUGGUACAAUCACUACAUCAAGGCAUAGAGCAUAUCUGGAAUUUUACAUCAGACACACUGAUGGAACACCAAUUAGUUCUGAGGCUGAAAGGCAGCGUGUCAUUCAAUGCCUCCAAGCCUCGAUAGAGAGAAGGACAUCACGGGGUGUGAGAUUGGAGUUAUGCACAACCGACAGGCCAUGUCUCUUAGCAGAUGUUACGAGAACGUUUAGAGAGAACGGUUUAAACGUUACAAGAGCAGAAGUAUCCACAUCACAGGAGGUAGCUCUAAACCUGUUCUACGUAACGGAUGGACAUGGGAGCGCUGCAGAUACAAAAAUGAUAGACUCCGUUAGAGAGAAAAUUGGGAUGAGUAACUUGAAAGUAAAAGAAUUACCAUUGGUUUCUCAACAAAAGACAGAAGGGGAGGAGCAAGCAGCGAGUGUAGGUGGGGCUGUUUUGUUAUCUCUCGGGAGCAUAUUGAGAAGGAAUCUCUACAACUUGGGAUUAAUCAGGUCAUACUCGUAGGCAUAGAGGCAGAGAGAGAGAGAGAGAAGAAAAGAAAAACCAAUAGAGUUAUUGAAAAAUUUGUCCAUAUGUCUACCUUUUCCGAUAGCAUAUUCUUUGCUUGAAGUUUGAGCAUAAUAGUUAGUGUACAUAAAAGAAUCAAACAUUGGAAGGAAAGAAAGGAGUUGGGUACUUUGUUGAUAGUUAAUUUGUUUUAAAGAAGUUGGUGGAAUUAUUUCUGAUGGAAAAGAGAAGAGAGGAGAGAAGAAAGGUUUAAAAUGGGUAAAGAGUAGUGUUUAUUAUGGUGUGUGGUCUGACAUGUGCUGCUGCUGCUACUAGCUGGCGGACCAAUGUUUGGUGAGAAGGUAGAAGGGAAAUGGGUUGUAUACAGCUUAACACAUUGUACAUAACAGCUUUUUUUUUGAAGUACUUGAAUCAAUGUUUUGACUUUCUCUCUC